UGCUGCUCGGGUCAUCGGAGGGGCGGGACACCCCGGGACACGGGUGGGGACCCCCCCCCCGACCCCCGAUGGUGCCGGUGCCCACGCGGCAGGUCGAUGCCCGUGGCUCGGGGCGGUGGCCGUGGGGCAGGACGAUGCCCGUGGGGCACGGGGGUGCCCACGCAGCAGCAGGAUGCCCACGGGGCCGUGUCCGUGGGGCCGGGCCGGUUUCCCGGUGGGGUCGGGCCGGCGCUGCGCUGCUCCCGCGGCACAAAGGCCCCUUGUCCCCUGGGCUGCGGGGGGGGGCGCGGGGGGGCCCCUCCUUGCGGUCCCGCCAUCGCCACACACCCCAAAAUCACGGGGGGGGACACGCAGUGAUUGGAGGAGCCCCCCUCCCCUCCCCCCCCGGCACCUGGCCGGAGCGGGGGAGACAAAGGCGGGAAGGAACCGGCCCACCCGUGUCCUGCCCCCCCCCCCCCCCCCGCCGUGUCCUGGCCCCCCCUCGCGGCAGCGGAGUUAGGCGCCCCCCCCAGCCCCCCCCUUUGAAUGGCCCCCCGUGGGACCACGCCCCUCGUGCAUAUUCAUGAGGUGCUUUGCAUGGGAAGAGCGAAUGGGGGGGGUCCCGCGGGGGGGGGUGGUCCUGAGCAUCCCCUCCCCCCCCUUCCCCCGCCGGGGGGUGCGGGGGGAUCCGGGCCGGACCCGCCGGGGCUGGGAAGGGGCGGAGGGCCCCGGCGGGGGGGGGGUCCCCACCCCCACCCCCCCGCCCGGAAGGACCCGCGCGUCCGGGCCAAGGGCUGAGUCAUCGGCUGCCUUAAAGGGGCCGGACAGGGCUGGGACACGCGUGUGCGCGGGGGGAGGGGGGGGCACGCGUGUGCGUGAGCGUCGGAGCACGCCUGUGCGCACGUGUGCACGCGGGUGCGGGGCGUGGGUGGGUGUCUGUGUGUGCGGGUGUCUGCGUGGGGGGGUGGGGGGUGGGUGUGUUUACGGGUGUAGGCACGCGUGUGCGUGGGGGGUGUGUGUGUGUGCAUUGGGGGGGUGCGCAUGCGUGCACGUGCCGAUGGGGGUGAGCAGCGCGGUGGGUAGCGGCGCGUCUGUGUCCGUGUGUCUGUGUUCCCCCCCGCCUCCCCCGUGUCUGUGUGGCCCGCGUGGGGUGGCCAGGUCGUCGUGUCCCCACCCUCCCCCCCCCCACUCUCAGCACCCACGGGGCGGGCGGGUGCUGCCAUCACCACGGCAACCGCAUCCCCAGGGUGGGUGGCAGUGGUCACCAUGGCAACCGAGGCGCAACAGGAGAUGGGGGACAGAGUGUGACCCCCCCCACACCCCAGCCCCGACCCCCCCCACCCACCCGGGCCUGACGCUGGGGCUCGGGGUGGCCCCCACUCGGCGCCCCCCAACCCAGGGUGCCCAGAGCCAACUGGGGGGGUGUCACACCAUGUGGGGGGGGGGGGUCUGUGCAAGUGUAAAGCUGGGGGGGACCGGGGGGUGUGUGCGAGGCUCCCCUCGCACCGGGGGAGGGUUACGGGGGGGGUCACAGGCAGCAGAGCAGCUUCCAGCAGCACCCGGCGGGUCCCGCCGUCCCCCCCGCCCCGUCCCUGUCACAUCCCCUGAGCAUCACAUGAGUCACGGGCCAGCGGAGCUCGGCGGACGCCGUGGCUCUGGGGGGGGCAGCUGGGGCCGGGGGGGCGCUGCGGCGGCUGAGGCCGGGCAGCUCGUGACGCGGGUGGUG